AUGAGCGCUCGAACUCGAAGGCAAAAGGCCGCACUGGCCGCUCAGUCCGAGGGAAGCGACGUGUCGUCGACAAGCAAUGGCACGACACGGAGAUCACCCAAACCCAGCAGAUCUUCGGCUACACCGGAGGUAGAGGAUGACGGAGUGAAAGAGAAUGUCUACUUAUUUGCGCCAAACAUUAUCGGGUACGUCCGAGUCGUUUUAGCGAUUGCUUCCUUAUACUACAUGCCUCUCCACCCACGAACGUGCUCGAUUCUAUACAGCGUGUCCUGCUUGCUGGACGCCCUAGACGGCUAUGCCGCGCGGUAUUUCAACCAAUCCACCACCUUCGGCGCAGUACUAGACAUGGUGACCGACCGCUGUACCACUGCCUGCCUUCUCGUUUUCUUGAGCUCUGCCUGGCCGCGGUGGGCGCUCGUCUUCCAGUCUUUGAUUGCCCUCGACAUGGCCAGUCACUAUAUGCACAUGUAUGCUACACUUAGCAUGGGAGGUGCGAACCAAAGCCACAAGAAGAUUGAUUCUUCAAGGAGCUGGGUUUUGUACCUCUACUAUAACAGCAGGACGGUUCUCUUUAUCUGCUGUGCUCUCAACGAGCUUUUCUUCAUCGGCCUCUAUCUGCUCUCUUUCUCUUCUCCCACCCUCUCCCCUUCUCUACUCUACCCUCCCCAGGGAGUCACUGUCGGUGGAACUCCCCCUCCUCCUGCGUCGACCAGUGUUUUCGCUAGUCCCUGGAGUGCUGGUGCUUUGGAAUUGGCUCGUGCCAACAAAAUCGACAGCUUCUGGCCGUGGGCGAUCACCGCAGUCUCUUUCCCUGUUAUGGCUUUCAAACAAUUCGUCAACGUUGUGCAGCUGGUUAAGGCAAGCAAUUGGCUGGUGGAGGGUGAUCUGAUCAACCGCCGGAAGGCACGCCUUGCUAGGAAGAACUAG